CCAAGCCAGGACCCUCUAGAUCGAGCAGAUUUCAAUGCUGUCGAGUAUAUCAAUACCCUGUUCCCAACAGAGCAAUCUCUGGCGAACAUAGACGAAGUCGUGAACAAAAUUAGGCUGAAAAUAAGGAGACUGGAUGACAAUAUUCGAACUGUUGUAAGAGGCCAGACGAACGUGGGGCAGGAUGGACGGCAAGUGAAAGAAAUCACCCGUGACAUUAAGCAAUUAGAUCACGCCAAACGCCACCUGACCACCUCAAUCACCACGCUGAACCACCUGCACAUGCUGGCAGGAGGUGUCGACUCCCUCGAAGCCAUGACCAGGCGAAGACAAUACGGAGAAGUUGCUAAUCUCCUUCAGGGUGUGAUGAAUGUCCUGGAACACUUCCACAAGUAUAUGGGGAUUCCACAGAUCCGGCAGCUUUCUGAAAGAGUGAAGGCUGCGCAGACUGAGUUAGGACAGCAAAUCCUGGCCGAUUUUGAAGAAGCGUUUCCUUCCCAGGGCACCAAGAGACCCGGAGGACCCAGCAAUGUUCUACGAGAUGCAUGUCUGGUUGCUAAUAUUCUAGACCCCAGGAUCAAACAGGAAAUCAUCAAAAAGUUCAUUAAACAGCAUCUGUCAGAGUAUCUAGUACUUUUUCAAGAAAACCAAGAUGUUGCCUGGCUGGACAAAAUCGACAGACGCUACGCCUGGAUAAAACGCCAGCUUGUGGACUAUGAGGAGAAAUACGGCCGCAUGUUUCCACGUGAGUGGUGCAUGGCUGAGAGGAUUGCGGUGGAGUUUUGCCACGUGACAAGGACAGAACUUGCCAAGAUUAUGCGUACCAGAGCGAAGGAAAUUGAAGUGAAAUUGCUGCUUUUUGCUAUUCAAAGAACAACUAACUUUGAGGGGUUUCUCGCAAAACGCUUCUCUGGCUGCACCCUGACCGAUGGGAGCCAGAAAAAGCUUGAGUCUCCACCCCCAUCUACCAAUCCCUUCCUGGAAGAUGAGCCAACACCAGAGACGGAGGAACUGGCAACGGAGAAAGGGGAUUUAGAUCAACCAAAGAAGCCUAAAGCCCCAGACAAUCCAUUUCAUGGCAUUGUUUCCAAGUGUUUUGAGCCUCAUCUCUACGUGUAUAUCGAAUCCCAAGACAAGAACCUUGGAGAGCUGAUAGAUCGGUUUGUGGCUGAUUUCAAAGCCCAGGGGCCACCUAAGCCCAACACUGAUGAAGGGGGUGCCGUGCUCCCCAGCUGCGCUGACCUCUUCGUCUACUACAAGAAGUGCAUGGUGCAGUGCUCUCAGCUCAGUACAGGGGAGCCCAUGAUCGCCCUGACCACCAUUUUCCAGAAGUACCUCCGAGAAUACGCCUGGAAAAUCCUCUCUGGCAACCUGCCCAAAACCACAACCAGCAGUGGAGGGCUGACCAUCAGCAGCCUCCUUAAGGAAAAGGAGGGCUCAGAAGCAGCCAAGUUCACUCUGGAGGAGCUCUGCCUCAUCUGCGGCAUCCUGAGCACAGCAGAGUACUGCCUGGCCACCACCCAGCAGCUAGAAGAAAAACUCAAAGAAAAAGUGGAUGUAAGUCUGAUUGAACGAAUCAAUCUGACUGGAGAGAUGGACACGUUCAGCACCGUCAUCUCCAGCAGUAUUCAGCUGCUGGUUCAGGAUCUGGAUGCCGCCUGUGAUCCUGCCCUGACAGCCAUGAGCAAGAUGCAGUGGCAGAACGUGGAGCACGUUGGGGACCAGAGCCCCUACGUCACCUCUGUCAUCCUGCACAUCAAGCAGAACGUCCCCAUCAUCCGUGACAACCUGGCCUCCACACGCAAGUACUUCACUCAGUUCUGCAUUAAAUUUGCAAACUCCUUCAUUCCCAAAUUCAUCACCCACCUCUUCAAGUGCAAGCCAAUCAGCAUGGUGGGAGCAGAACAGCUGCUGCUGGACACCCACUCGCUGAAGAUGGUCCUGCUCGAUCUCCCCUCCAUUGGCUCGCAGGUGGUGAGGAAGGCACCCGCCAGCUACACCAAGAUUGUUGUCAAAGGCAUGACCCGGGCUGAGAUGAUCCUCAAGGUAGUGAUGGCCCCUCAUGAGCCGUUGGUGGUGUUCGUUGACAACUACAUCAAACUCCUCACAGACUGCAACACAGAAACGUUCCAGAAGAUACUGGACAUGAAGGGGCUGAAGAGGAGCGAGCAGAGCAGCAUGCUGGAACUCCUGCGCCAGCGGCUCCCCGCACCGCCCUCAGGGGCGGAAAGCUCCAGCUCGCUGUCCCUGACGGCACCCACACCGGAGCAAGAGUCGUCCCGCAUCCGCAAGCUCGAGAAGCUCAUUAAAAAGAGACUGUAGCAGCCGCAAGGGGCCCUUGCUCCUGGCCGGCCACCCUCAGCACCCCGUUCCCCAGAAGCCCCCGACCCCUCCUGUGCUCCUGGCACUCUCACACCUGGAAUCCCAGCACUGUGGGAGGCCGAGGUGGGCGGAUCACCAGCUCAGGAGAUCCAGACCAGCCUGGCCAACAUGGUGAAACCCCGUCUCUAC